CGAGCCGCUAAUAAGCCGCAGAAGAAGAAACAGGUCAAGCGAAAGAAGAAGAAAGGACCGAGGCUACUAGCUUAGCAGGCUACGUCGUUUACAAAUCAGAGUCGUCUUUCUUCCUCUGACUGCUUCCCCCUCACCAGAGCUGCAGGACUGUCGGGGUUUUGGUUUUCUUCUUGACCUGCCAACAUGCCAGCCGCACUUACAGAUUCCAGUCAGAUAAUCUGUGAGGUCUGGGCAAGCAAUGUAGAGGAUGAGAUGAGGAAGAUCCGGCAGAUUAUUCAAAGCUACAACUACAUUGCCAUGGACACAGAGUUUCCCGGAGUGGUCGUCCGGCCAAUUGGUGAGUUUCGGAGCACAGUGGACUAUCAGUACCAGCUACUCAGGUGCAACGUGGACCUCUUAAAGAUAAUCCAGCUUGGACUGACAUUCAUGAACGAGGAUGGAGACUACCCUCCGGGCACGACGACGUGGCAGUUCAACUUCAAGUUCAACCUCACAGAAGACAUGUACUCGCAGGAUUCCAUCGACCUCCUCCAGAACUCCGGCCUCCAGUUUAAAAAACACGAAGAAGAAGGAAUUGACACUUUGUAUUUUGCUGAGCUCCUCAUGACGUCCGGCCUCGUUCUCUGUGAAAAUGUCAAAUGGCUGUCAUUCCACAGUGGUUACGACUUCGGUUACCUAGUGAAGCUCCUCACAGACGCUCGGCUUCCUGAGGAGGAACACGACUUCUUCCAAAUCCUCAACCUGUUCUUUCCCGCAAUCUACGACGUCAAGUACCUGAUGAAGAGCUGCAAGAACCUAAAGGGGGGCCUCCAGGAAGUAGCCGAUCAGUUGGAGUUGAAAAGAAUUGGACGGCAGCAUCAGGCCGGAUCUGACUCGCUGCUCACCGGCAUGGCGUUCUUCAGGAUGAAAGAGCUUUUCUUCGAGGACAACAUCGACGACGCAAAGUAUUGUGGGAGAUUGUACGGCCUGGGCUCGGGCUCCAGCCAACCACAGAACGGCAUCUCCAGCUCAGGCCAGGAGGAAACCAACAACAAGCACUGACUGUCAUCUCUGCCAAGUGGAACGCACUUGUUUUAAACCCAACCAGCAGAUUGUCCUCUGGCCCCGCCCCCUCUGACGCUCUCAACCCGCCACAGUUCACCAAACGUUCCCCACGGAGUGACACCGGCUCACUCACUUCUUUUUAGUCGCUUUUAUGAGUAUGAGGCCAAAUCUUCAAAAGACUUUUAAUUUUUUUUUGUUUCUUUUCCAGUCCACCCUGUUUGUGCAGCUUUGGGACCAGCUCCUGCAUCAAACUCAUUCAGACCAACUUACUUUCAGUCUCAUCAGUGGGAAUUUAUUUUUUUUUCUUUUAAAAACGCUGGACGGGUCAUCUGUACAUUACAUGUAUAAUUUUGAUGAAAAUAAAAUGUUUUAGCUUUUUUCCACUUUGAGAAACUUUUAACAGCAGCUGUUAAAGUGUAACUGUUAAGUUAUGCAUGUUUCAGCGAAAAACUAUCCAAACUGUUCACUGUCAGCUUCACCCAUAUUGUGGUUAAUGUUGUUUUUACAUUAUCCAUUGUUUUAAACAGGUGUAUAUUAAAUUGUUUUGUAUUUUGAAUGUAAA